GGCCUCCUCUCCACCAAGCGCACGGCCAGCCUUUUCGCCUUUUCGGCCGAUUGAUCAUCGAUACCCUGAGCUCAGCUUGAAACGCUAGCCCUUCCAGGUUAUCGAGCCGAAGGGUCCCUCGCCCGUUUAGCUCUUGGCAAAUGCAUCAUUUCUCACCGGCACGCCCAUUAAAGAAGGCCGUUACGCUUCUCAUGCAAGCCAUGCGAGACCCGGCCGUCUGCAGACCAACGCAUAACAGUCGCUAGCCACGCCAUGCAGAAGUCGACCGAGGCUCGAUGAUUGUUGACCGAAGAUCUCAUCGACUCACCAUCUUUGUCUGCUAAGAAUAUCCAUCAUGGCCUGGGGGGAUCUUGCGGUGGAGAGUCAAACUCUCAGUCCACUACCCGCCAACCUCAAGAGUGGAUUGACCGCCAUCACCCUCCUCGCCUUCAUCUCCUUCUUCGCCUCCUGCGCGCUCUUCUUCUAUCUAUCCUUCAAGAUACUGUCAUGGCAUUUCUUUCUCAGGGACAGACGCGCCAGCGAAGUUCAACCGACGGGUUCGUUCCAGAGAGCCGUCGACUUCACUUUGGGAAUCGACGGUAUCUUUACUGAGGAGAACGACAACAACAAUGCCGACGGCCAAGCAGCUCAGCCUAAUGGUGCACCAGUACAGCAUACUCCAAAGCAUCCCAACCAGUUCCUCAUCCUGAUCGUCAACCUUCUCCUUGCCGACAUGCACCAGGGCGUGGCAUUCUUCCUCAACGUGGAAUGGCUACGCAAGAAUGCCGUCGACGUUGACAGCCCGACGUGUUUCACCCAGGGCCUGUUUGUCUCUCUCGGCGACUUGUCUUCGAGCAUGUUCAUCACGGCGAUUGCUUUUCACACGUACUUUGCCGUCGUAAAGCGACGCCGCGUGCGACAAAAGGUUCUAUACCUCCUCAUCGCCAGCAUCUGGGUCUUCGUGUACGCGAUAUCAUUCCUUCCAAUCGCCGCCACUCGCGGUGGAGCUGAAUAUGGAGGUUUCUUCGUCCGUGCAGGCAGCUGGUGCUGGAUGAACAGGAAGUACGAAAACCUGCGACUUUUUACUCACUACCUCUGGAUCUUCAUCGCCCUCGGGGUUACAUCACUACUAUACAUCCUCAUCUUCCUCUCGAUUCGUCGUCAGGCUCAAUCCAAACGCUCUAACAAGCCCGACGAUGACGCCGACUCUACCAACCAGCUUAGAUUGGACCACAACCCAGCCUUCCUUAUCUACCCGGUCAUCUACGUUCUCUGCACCCUCCCGCUCGCACUUGGUCGAAUUGCAACGAUGGCCGGAGCAAAUGUGCCGCUGGGCUACUUCUGCUUCGCGGGUGCCAUGAUUGCAUCCAACGGCUCUUUCGACUGCCUCCUCUUCGGCACAACUCGUAACGUCAUUUUGUUCGCGUCCAAGUAUGAAGUCGAUACCGCAGACCUCGGCCUGAAGACCUUUGCCUUCAUGAAAACUCCUACGAACCGUCGCUUCGGCAAUGUCAUUUCCAUCCAGGGAGGCCGACAAAAAAGCGAGGAAAGCGAUUCCGUCGGCGGAUGGUGGACAUGGAAGCAUCGAGGAGGAGGAUCAGACCCAAGAGGUCGAAAAGGAAUGACCAGGACAACCAGCCAAGAAUCUCUGAGGGGGCCGGCUAUUCAUAUGGACACCGUCACUUCCGUAGUGGUGGAAGUAGACGACUCAAAGGACCGUGAUCCGCGGUAUCCAAAUCCGCCGGCGAGUGCGAGCCCAUCGGUAAGUAGCACGGAGAAGGACUUUCCGAGGAUAAUAAAUAGAAACGCUUAGAGUAGAAUUAUAGUAAUGAUGGAUGAUGAUAUGAAUAGAGGCAACUAGAGGGCCGC